GGGCACCCUCAGCCUGUGUCCCACAGCCAGAGCAGACAGAGAGCCUGGGAGUGAGGGCUGGGAGUGCUGGGAGUGCUGGGAGUGCAGGAUGAGCCCCGGGCGGCCGCACUGAAUGGAUACAGCUCCCCUCGGAUAUCACAGGGUCCGGGGCCCCGCACUGCACCCCGCCAGGGGCCCCGCUCUGCCACUGCUUCGGGACAUGUGGCUCCUGUACCUGAUUGUGGGCUCCGUGGAGGGACAAUUCCUGCCAGGGAACAAUGUCACGACCGAGUGUAACAUUCCUGGGAAUUUUCGCUGCAGGGAUGGAUGGUGUAUCCCUGGCUCCUGGCAGUGCGAUGGCUCACCAGACUGCUUUGAUAAGAGCGACGAAAAAGAAUGUCUGAAAAGCGGACAUAGCCGAAGAUUGGAAUCAUGGCUCAAAGCUAAGGCCAAAUCCAGGUGUGGCCCCACAUUCUUCCCGUGUGCCACUGGUAACUACUGCAUCAUUGGACGCUACCAGUGCAACGGCUUUGAAGACUGUCCGGAUGGGAGUGAUGAGGAAAACUGCACCGCUCACCCUCUGCUCUGUUCAACGUCUCGAUUCCACUGCAAGAACAACCUGUGCAUCCACAAGAGCUUUGUGUGCAACGGCGAAAACAACUGCAAGGACAACAGUGACGAGGAGCACUGCCCAACCUCACAAGACACAGGAAGCGAGCAGAAGUUGGUUUCAUUGGAGAGCCACUUACUUUACUACCCAAGUAUUACUUACACCAUCAUUGGCAGCUCCGUUAUUUUUGUACUGGUCGUAGGACUUCUUGCCCUCGUCUUGCAUCAUCAAAGGAAACGCACUAAUCUUAUGAGCCUUCCAGUUCAUCGACUCCAGCAUCCUCUGCUGCUCUCUAGGUUGGUGGUGUUGGAUCACCCGCAUCAGUGUCGUGUUACCUACAACGUGAACAAUGGGAUCCAGUAUAUGUCUAAUCAAAGCUUCGAACAACCUGUGAACCUUGAAUCUCCUCCUUCAUAUAGUGAAGCUGUGCUGGACACCUCCUCCCAACCACCAUGGUUUUCCCUACCACCACCGCCUCCUUACCCUUCAGACACAGAAUCUCCAAACCAAGCCGAACUGCCCCCUUACCGAUCAAGAGCCGCUAGUGCCACAAGCAAUAGAAGCAUGGAGAACUCAUUGUUAACACCUGGCAAUACCGCGGAUGCCAUCAAUCCAACAGAACUACUGGAAACAAUAGCACCACAAAGUGAUUCCACGCCUAGCCCAGAACCAGGGACAUCAGCCAGCAAUACUUACCCUUCGCCAGAUGGUUAAGCAAACCACCGACUGGAAGUAAACUGAGUGUACUGAAUGUCUUGCGUUGAUCCAGUGGAUCUUCCUACCUGUGGAAUAAUCCUUAUAUUUUUAUAGAUUCCAGAGGUAUAUUUUUGUAGGGUGUUUCUCUACUAUGAUUUUUUUUUUUUCCUUAAACAAAAAAAAGGACGCAAAAUAAGUUUGUUGACUUUG